CUCGAUGUGCAGUGAAGAUGUGGUGUCAUACUUGCCACUCAACAUCGAGCGGCUGUGAUUGUCUAUGUAUAGUACUUUAUGCAUGAAUAACGGUUUGAGGAUGCGGGAGCCGAUCGGUGGUUUUAUCCCGGGAGCGAACAGAAGCUUUCCUCCCGGGUGACGAAACGUUGUCGAUCAUAGAGUGGAGUUAUGUAGCGUGUUCGCGAAUUCAUACACCCCACGGAGCACGGAGUAGUCCGUCCUUCGUGUCAAAUUUUACAAGGCCGAGAUGGAGCGACAAACUCCCUAACCAGACGUUGCUGUAACUCCCUUGCUUUGUCCUACGACAUGACCGACCUACGCCCACGGCCAUGGAGUACGGGGGUAUUACUACGCGCAUAUUAGCCACAAGCUAUCAGUGGAGCUGGUUUAGAGCUCGAAGGGAUCGAUUAGCACACCACAUGGAACGAAGUACGAGCCGGUUCUGCAAGCUUCUUGUCGAUCCCCCAAAUAUUCUGACGCGUCCCGCACCCAAAUUUCAAAAGAUGACUUUUUCCAUCAAGGUGGAUAUUAAUAUAUUUAACAGAGUACUCCGUACGGAGUACUGUCUUCCUUCCGCCGUAUUUAAUGUGAUACAACAGAGAGCUUAUAUCACACCUUGUGAGGGAUGGCGUGACCCCGCCGACGAUGAUGAUGAUGAUGAUGAUUCAUGAUCAGCAGAUGAGCCCACAGCGGUGGUCUCAGCGGUUGUUUCUCCCGCCUUCUGGAUGCUCAUGUCGAUCACGGCUCCAUUGGUUGGAGGCGAUAUCUCCAUUGAACCCACAGCCGGCGCAGGCGUAGAAUUUCUCCGUAACACCUAUUUUCCCGGAGGGAAGGGAAUGCUCUGGCACUCGACUCAUCAAAGACGUCGGUGGCGCUCUAAAUUACCCCAGAAAACCCUACAAACGUGCC